CGUAGCACCACUGAGAUGCACACUUGACGAUCAGACGUCUCCGAGUUACAAAUUAUAAUUUCUUAUUUCACAAACCAACUUCAGUUUCAAAAUGCGUGCUGCAUUCUUGCUUUUGGUUAUCAGCUUUGUUGCCUGUCUUUACUUGGCUCAAGCAGCAACGCCGGUGGAAGAGGAGCAUGCUCCAGCAGCCGAUAGAGAAGCAGCUCUCCUGGAUGUCGAUGCUGGCGCUGGACACGAAAAUGAAGCUCCUCGCGAAGCUCGCGGCUACUAUGGACGUCGUUAUGGUGGAUAUGGAGGUUACGGACAUCGUGGAUUUGGUCGCCGUUAUGGUUAUGGUCGUGGUCGCUAUUAUGGUUGAAAAGAAGCUUUUGUGUUUUGUUUUUGUUUUUAAAAUUCCCGAUUUUUAAGUUGACCGAAACUUUUUUAUUUAAUCAGUGCAUAUAAACUCAAUAUUUAUAAUAAAACAAUCGAUUGUUCUGCAAUAUAAA